AUGGCCAAAAAAGUUGCUAUUAUUAUUUACACUCUAUAUGGACAUACCGCUAUUUUAGCUGAGGCUGAAAAGAAAGGUGUAGAAGCUGCUGGCGGUGAAGCUGAUAUUUAUCAAGUUCCAGAGACCUUAAGUCCCGAUGUGGUCAAGGCAUUGGGUGGUGCUCCCAAACCUGACUAUCCAGUUGCAUCUCACGAAAUAUUGACUCAAUAUGAUGCCUUUUUGUUUGGUAUUCCAACAAGAUUCGGCACCAUGCCAGCUCAAUGGAAGGCAUUCUGGGAUAGAACUGGUGGAUUAUGGGCUCAAGGUGCCUUACACGGUAAAGUUGCCGGUAUAUUUGUUAGUACUGGUACUGGUGGCGGUAACGAAAACACUGUUGUAUCUAGUUUAAGUUGUUUGGUUCAUCAUGGUAUUAUAUUUGUUCCAUUAGGUUAUAAGAAUACUUUCGCUCAAUUAUCCAACGUUACUGAAGCUCAUGGUGGUUCUGCCUGGGGUGCUGGUACUUUAGCUGGUGCUGAUGGUUCUAGACAACCAAGUGAUUUGGAAUUACAAGUUCAUGAAAUUCAGGGUAAAACUUUUUAUGAAGCAGCCUCCAAGAUUAUUGCUUGA